UUUCCUCAUUUUAGCGCAGGUCGGAUCGUGUGUAUCAAAGCACGAAAAUUUCUCCGGUCUUUGGGAAGGUUCUAGGUUGGUUCAUUUGUUCCCAAUGCCAUCGCGGCCUGAUUGAUCAAUUGCUCGCGGAUAUUAUUCGUAUCACCACGGGAGGUUGUCCCUGGGUUUUUUUAUCCUUUUAUUCUACCCAAAUCCCUCACCGCCACCAUGCCUAAAUCCGUCAAUGUACGCGUUACCACCAUGGAUGCCGAGCUGGAGUUCGCCAUCCAGCAGAGCACCACGGGCAAACAAUUAUUCGAUCAGGUGGUGAAGACAAUUGGUCUGCGGGAGAUUUGGUUCUUUGGACUGCAGUAUGUGGAUCGUGAUGGAUUCUCGACAUGGCUCAAAUUGAAUAAGAAGGUGCUCAGUCAGGAUAUCAAAAAGGAGGUGCCGCUGCAGUUUAAAUUCCGUUCCAAAUUCUUCCCCGAAGACGUCAGUGAGGAGAUUAUACAGGAUAUUACUCUCAGAUUAUUUUAUCUGCAAGUGAAAAACGCCAUAUUAAAUGAUGAAAUUUACUGUCCGCCGGAGAGCUCCGUCCUGCUGGCCUCCUACGCCUGCCAAGCUAAAUAUGGCGAUCAUAAUAAGGACAUGCAUCCAGCCGGGUUUUUGUCAAACGAUCGCUUGUUGCCACAGCGUGUGAUGGAUCAGCACAAGAUGACCCGCGAAGCCUGGGAAGAGCGCAUUAUGAACUGGUGGACGGAGCACAAGGGCAUGAUGCGUGAGGAAGCCAUGAUGGAGUAUCUGAAGAUCGCCCAGGAUCUGGAGAUGUACGGCGUUAACUAUUUUGACAUUAAAAACAAGCGCGGCACCGAUCUGUGGCUGGGCGUGGACGCUCUCGGUUUGAACAUCUACGAGAAGGAGGACAAACUUACGCCGAAGAUUGGCUUCCCUUGGAGUGAGAUUCGUAAUAUUUCCUUCAACGAUAAGAAAUUUGUUAUCAAACCCAUUGACAAGAAGGCUCCGGACUUUGUCUUCUUUGCCUCGCGGCUACGAAUUAACAAGCGGAUUUUGGCGCUGUGCAUGGGCAACCACGAGCUGUACAUGCGACGCCGUAAACCCGACACCAUCGAGGUGCAGCAGAUGAAGGCGCAGGCGCGCGAGGAGAAGACAGCGCGCCAGCAAGAACGUGAGCGCCUGCAGCGAGAAGUGUUGGCCCGUGAACAUGCUGAACGGAAGACGCGCGACUAUGAAGACAGAAUUCGUUCUAUGCAAGACGAAAUUAAUGCACGCAACCGACAACUGGUGGAAGCCCAGGAGACCAUUCGCCGCCAAGAGGAUCAGCUGCGUGAGGUGCAGCUGGCCAAGAAGAAACUGGAAGACAUGGAGGAAGAGCGGACGCGCUUGCUGCGUGAACUGGAGCAUGCCAAGUCAUUAGAGUCGGACGAGCGGAGUCGAUUGGAGGACCAAAUCCGUGAAAAAGAGCGCGCCAUAAUGGAAAUCCAGCGUGAAGUGGAAGAAAAGGAAGAGGAAACUCGCCGUCUUCAGCGUGAAGUGGAGGAUGCGCGCCGGCGUGAAGAAGAGGCCGCUCUGGCUGCGCUGCAUGCUGCCACUCCUGCCCAUAUUCACGUUCCUGAACUGGAGCAGGAUGACAACACCGAGGACGGCAUGUCCAACGGUAACGGUGCAUCGGCCGAGUUUGCUGAAGUGGAAGGUUUGGAUCAGCGUGAAUUGGAAAGGACGCGGUUACAGGAUCGUAAUCAGCGUAUGAAGGAGCAGCUUGAAGCCUUGAAUCGUGAUUUGGAGAGUUCAAAAGUGGAUGAAUAUCAGACCCAAGAGGACCGUCUGCACCAGGCCAAUAUGCGCGAAGGCCGUGAUAAGUACAAGACACUCCGCGAUAUCCGCAAGGGCAACACUAAGCGUCGUGUGGAUCAAUUUGAGAAUUUGUAAAAAAAAUGCGGCGGCGAUAUUGUGGGACUGGCAGUUUGUUCAGCACUGAUUCUGUCAUAGCGGCGGCUUCCGUUCCGGCGUGAGCGGGACCAGUCCUGUUGGGUUGUCUGUUUUUACUGUUAUUCUAAUUAAUAAUAUAUUUUUAAUUAAUCUUUUUAUGUGUCUUAUUUGAGCGGUUGGAGCAGCGACGUAAAGGUUCUAUUUCGAGGCUUUUUUGUAUUGACUUGAUUUACUGAUAUGGCUUCUUUGGAGCUGUUUGUUAUUUUGUUUUUGACCACUUGGACUUCAUGUUAUUCCGGCUUUGUAAUCACACGCUUUCAUAUGUUGCCUUUUGCCUAAAGCAUGAAUAAAGAUUACUUUUAUAA